AUGUCACAGGUGCCGACGCUGUCCUCCCUGCCUUCAAUACGAUCCCAACGUUCCCACCUCCACCACCAGCCCCUGAAAGGCGACGUCCGCACGGUGCCGUUCCGGCUGCAUCCAGAGCCCCGCAACAAGAAGCAGAAGUCUGAAUUCCCCACUAACUACGUCCGCACUGCCAAGUACACCUUCUAUAGCUUUCUGUUCAUCAACCUGUUUGAGCAGUUCAGCAGGAUCGCCAACCUCUAUUUUCUUUUCAUAGCCGCCUUGCAGCUCAUCCCCCAGCUGUCCCCCACCCACUGGAUCACAACCAUCGCCCCCCUGGUUUUCGUGCUGAGCAUCAAUGCUGCAAAAGAGAUCUAUGAUGACUACUAUCGGCACAAGAGCGAUGGGGAGGUGAACAACCGGGAGGUGGAUGUGUUGGUCGUUGGAAGCCGGCCUGUGCGCUCGAAAUGGAGGGACCUGAGGGUUGGAGAUAUUGUGAAGGUGGUGCGAGAUCAGGAAUUCCCAGCUGACCUACUGUUCCUCUCAUCCCCUGAUGAUGAUGGCCUGUGCUGGGUGGAGACUGCUAACUUGGAUGGUGAAACAAACCUGAAAUUGAAGAACUGCUAUCCAGCAUCCAAGGCUUGUCAACAGGCGGAGCAGUUAGCAAAGGAGCUUGGAGGCAAGCGGCUGGAGUGUGAAUGCCCGAACGAGAAACUGUACCAGUUUGAGGGUGCAGUGGUGGGAAGCAGGGAAGAAGGUCUGGAUGCCUCCAACCUGCUGCUGCGCGGUUCCACCCUGAGAAAGACAGAGUGGAUAAUCGGUGCAGUGGUCUUUUCGGGUGAGCACACCAAAAUCCGGCGCAACCAGAGUGCUGCUCCUCGGAAAGUCACGCAGCUGGAACGCCACAUGAAUAUGCUGGUCCUUGUGGUCUUCGCUGUGCAGAUACUGUUUUCAGCGGGUGGCGCCAUCGGCCGUGAUAUCUGGCUGCGUCAGCACAAUGGCGACUACUAUCUGGAGGGCACCUCGGGUUGGCCCGAGUUCGGACCCGGUGUGGAGGGCACCUUGGUGACAUUCUUGCGAUUCGUUAUCCUCAUCAACGUGAUGAUUCCCAUAUCUCUGUAUGUUACAUUGGAGGUGGUGAAGGUCGCGCAGUGCUUGUUUCUGAACUGGGACUUGGAAAUGUACCAUGAGGACACUGACACACCAUUUCAAUGCCGCACUACAACACUGAAUGAGGACUUGGGCCAAGUGGAGUAUGUGCUGUCAGACAAAACGGGUACCCUCACUCAGAAUGUGAUGGGCUUUGUGUGGGCCAGCAUCGGUGGCCACUUGUAUGGCAGAGAUAGCAGAGAUGUGGCUGGCGAUCUCAACCCAGCCAAAGGCGUUAAACUCGACACGCCACACUCCAUUGCACUGGAUCCCAACCUGCGGACGUCCAUCGAGAGGAGGUCCUCCCGCAGGCCACAGAAGGAGAGAGGAGGAGUGGACACCGCGACAGGGGAUUUCUUUUUCCAUUUGGCCGUGUGCAACACAGUGGUGCCAUCAGCGGGAGAUGACAAUGAACCUGUGUACCAGGCAGAAUCACCUGAUGAGGAGGCCUUGGUAAAAGGUGCGAGGUACUUGGGUUACGUGUUGAUGGCACGCUCUGUGGAUGCUGUGCAACUGGAGGUACUUGGCCAGAGGGUAGACCUUAAAGUACUGGCAGUGUUGGAGUUCAACAGUGCCAGGAAGAGGAUGAGCAUUAUCUGCCGGCUGCCCAACGGCAAAAUCAGGCUGUACUGCAAGGGAGCGGACACAGUGAUUAUGGCAAGGCUUGGAGACAGAAAGCAGAACCGCCAUGCCACUUGUGACCACCUGAACGAGAUGGCAAGUGCUGGCCUGCGCACGCUGGUAGUGGCCUAUCGUGACCUCAGUGAGGAUCUCUUCAACGAGUGGUAUGACAAGUACCACAAGGCUAGUGUGUCACUGGUGCAGAGAGAGGCCAAGGUGGAAGAGGCAGCAGAUGCAAUUGAAAGGAAUUUGGUGCUCCUUGGGGCGACUGCCGUGGAAGACAAACUCCAGGAAGGGGUGCCUGAGACGAUUGAUCGCCUGUCUAGAGCAGGCAUCAAGGUGUGGAUGCUCACUGGCGACAAGCUCGAAACAGCUGUGAGCAUCAGUCACUCAUGCUCAUUGUUUCAACCUGGCAUGAAGUUGGUUUUCUUGAGAGAGGAAGAUUUCAGCGACACCACAAUGGCAAAAGCGGCACUAGCACAGGCACGGGAAGAUGUGAUUCGCCUUACUGUCGAACAACGAAGGGUGGGGUUGACUACUGCAGUGGGGCUGGUGGUGGAUGGGGGCGCCCUGGCAGUUGUCCUGAAGGUCAAGUUCCAAGACGAGUUUCUCAGCAUGUGCAAGCAGUGUCGGGCUGUGGUGUGCUGCAGAGUGUCUCCAUUGCAAAAGGCACAGGUGACAAAUUUAGUCAAAUGCAAAGCAGGGGCGAUUGCUUUGGGAAUUGGGGAUGGUGCAAACGAUGUGGGCAUGAUCCAGUCUGCACACAUUGGUGUGGGAAUAAGUGGUCGUGAGGGCCGGGCCGCUGUGCUGGCUAGCGACUUCUCUAUGGCACAGUUCAGGUUCCUCUCUCGCCUGCUGCUGGUGCAUGGGAGAUGGUCGUACAGGCGCAACACGGAGGUGGUGAUGUAUGCGUUUUAUAAGAAUUUUGCAUAUGUGAUGGCCAAUGUCUACCUGAACUAUUUCAUAUCAGGAUUCUCCACGCAGCCCAUGUACAAUGCUGCCCUUAUUGCGACCUACAACGCAUUUUGGACGUCCCUCCCAACGAUUGCCUAUGCGAUCUUGGAGAAGGAUGUACAAGCUGAAACCAUGAUGGCGACACCGGAGCUGUACAUGGAGGCGAUGCGUUCAGAUUGGCGGAGCUUCUUCAGGAGCCUCAGCAGCUGGCUGUUCUAUGCUCUUGUGCACUCCAUAAUCGUAUUCUUAUGGCCGAUGUAUGCGCUGGUUUGGCCAGAGCCUGAUGGAAAACUGCUUGGACUAAAUGCUGCGGGGGUGGCGGUCUACACAGCUGUCAUCAUCACCGUCAAUCUCAAGGUUGCUGUGCGGACCCACCACUGGACUGCCUUGAAUGCGCUGGUGAUCUGGGGCAUCAGUAUUGGCAUGUGGUUCCCUUUUAUGUACGUGUGCAGUCUCCUGUGGCAGUGGUGGGAGGUGCUGCCAGACAUGGCAGGGGUGGCCCAAAGGCUGUUUUCUGUUCCAGCCUUUUGGCUCUCUGCUGUUAUCGGAGCGCCCAUGUUCUCCAUCCUGUUGGAUUUCAGCAUGAUGGCUUUCGAGGACCAGUUCCGCCCAUCUGAUACCCGCAUAUUUCAGGAGCGAGAACAAAAGCAUGGGAUCUCGGGGGGCAUGCAGGAGGCGACCUCCACUACUACCGCAGGCUUAUUCGAUGCUCGCCAUCCCGGGGACAGCGGAAGUCCGCUUCCUCGCGAUGCUGCGUUGCCCUGA